UCUCGGAUCCACGAUAACAAACAGUGGCACAACAACACCAGCAAUGGCAUCGUCUGCUCGUGAUCGUCUCUCUGUAAUUCAGCGUCAUUUAUCCAACCCUAAAUGUGAUAGUUCUUCCGGACAAUUUCAAUGUGGAACAUUUUCGACAAUUUCUAAUCGAGAGGAGAAGGCAACCGAGUCGGGAAAGUCCUCUGGGGCCUGGACUGAUGUCACCGCCCCUACUGUGCCAAGGAAACGGCAGGAACUCUUGAAGUGGAAUGGCUGGGGUUACAAUGAUUCAAAGUUUGUAGUCCAUAAAGAAAAAGACUACUAUGUGUCAUUUUCAGGGAACAGGUACAAAAUUGGCAGCAUGGUCCUUCCUCAUUUCUCGUCUUGGGUACGAGAUACACUAGGAGUUAAUUUUGAUGACUGCACCCCACCACAACCACUCCCCCAGCCACAAGAUUAUCCACAGCCCAUUAUACAAGAUGAGUUCUUGGAAGGAGUAAAAACUUUAGGCAUUACCCAUUCCUUGGAAGGUGAAGAUCGUCUGUUCAGAGCUCAUGGCCAUACACUAGCAGAGAUAUUUGUACUACGUGAAGGAAUGUUCCCAAGAAUUCCUGACUUAGUUAUUUGGCCAACUAGCCAUGGAGAGGUGGAAAAGAUAGUGGAAUUGGCAUGCCGAUUGCAGGUUGUUUUGAUACCUUUCGGAGGUGGUACAAGUGUCUCAGGUGCUCUAAUUUGUCCUGAAGAAGAAAGCAGGAUGAUAGUGUCCCUUGAUACAUCACAGAUGCGUCGUAUAUUGUGGGUUGAUGAAAAGAACCUGACUGCUAGAAUAGAAUCGGGCAUUAUUGGUCAAGAUUUGGAACGUCAACUAAAAGCCAGAGGUUAUGUUACUGGACAUGAACCAGACUCCUAUGAAUUUUCUAGUCUUGGUGGAUGGGUAGCUACUAGAGCCUCAGGAAUGAAAAAAAAUAUUUAUGGAAAUAUUGAAGACCUUGUUGUACAAGUGAAAGCAGUAACUCCAAGAGGAACUGUGGAGCGAUACACUGCUGGUCCUAGGGUAUCAGCUGGUCCUGACGUGCAGCAUUUCAUUAUGGGCUCUGAAGGCACUAUAGGAGUUAUCACUGAAGUAACAUUGAAGGUACGUCCUGUGCCGCAAGUCCAACAUUACGGUUCCAUCGUGUUCCCCAAUUUUACUAUGGGUGUUAAUUGCAUGAGAGAGGUGGCUUUACAUCGAUGUCAGCCUGCGUCAAUUAGACUCUUAGACAAUGAACAGUUCAAGUUUGGUCAUGCCUUAAAACCACCAUCAGGCAUUAUGGGUCUCCUUACUGAUGGUAUCAAGAAGAUGUACCUCACUCGUAUAAGGGGAUUUGAUAUAAACACCAUGUGUGUUGCUACAUUGCUCUUUGAAGGCUCAGAACAAGAAGUUGCUGCACAAGAAAAACGUUUAUACGACAUAGCUUUGAAUAAUGGUGGUAUACCUGCUGGUGACGCUAAUGGGCAGAGAGGGUACAUGCUUACAUUUGUUAUAGCAUAUAUUAGGGACCUAGGUUUUGACUAUGGAAUUGUCGCAGAGUCUUUUGAAACCUCUGUGCCAUGGGAUCGUGUACAAACUCUCUGCCAUAAUGUUAAGCAUCGCAUCAAAAUGGAAUGUAAAGAUAGGGGCAUUAAACACACAUUUGUGACCUGCCGAGUAACACAGACUUACGAUGCAGGGGCUUGUGUUUAUUUCUACUUUGCAUUCAACUAUCGUGGACUGUCAGACCCUGUACAUGUUUAUGAAACAAUUGAGGGCAAUGCUCGUAAUGAGAUCUUGGCUUGUGGAGGAAGCAUCUCGCAUCAUCAUGGCAUUGGGAAAAUCCGACGUCAGUUUAUGAACCAAACUUACUCGGAACCUAGUCUUGGAGCUUUAAAGGCCAUUAAGAAAUAUUUUGAUCCUGAUAAUGUUUUUGCCAAUGGAAACUUAUUAUAAAGUAACUUGUUAGAAUAAGUAAUAUCAAUUGAUUUUGUGUAGUUACUCAUCUUGGGUUCACUUUUGUAUAGUCAUAAAUAUUUGUUGUGAUUAUGCAUUUCUUUAAUGAUCUCACAUGCUGUAUAUUUUCUUUUUAUUCCUUAUUGCUCACUUGAGAUGUACAGUGUUAUUGUACAUCUGUUUGGAUGAGCUUAAAUUGAAACAAGGCUUAUUGUGAAACAUGUUGUUCAUCUUUGAUAAUAAGUUGCUGUAUAUACAGGUUAACUUCAGUUAUUAUUACCACAAUAUAUUAGAAUGUAAAACCAAAAGUCCCAGUUAUUGCAAAGUCCCAUUUAAAAGUUUUCUAUGCACGUGAGGUGAGAUUUUAACCAUGACUUCAAAUGGCCAGUGCUGUAUCAACAGAAUAUUUGUUCAUUAUGGAACAGGGAGGGAUUGUGAAUUACAUAUCGUGCUGAAGGCAUAAAUACUCCACAAACACGUCUUUUAGUUGAAAGAGUUUCACCUUCAUAUCCCUUUGAUAGAACUGUGGUUAGCCUUGGUUAUGUCUCCAAAACUCAAAGGUAAAAGUUGUUUAAAGUGCUCUGUAUUUGUAUAUGUCAUCAAAAAGCUACAGUACUUAGUCUUGCUUAUUAUCCACAUACCAAUAUGCUGGUACAGAAGAUUGAUUUAAGAGGUAUUGUAUAAUGUAUAUGCUUUUUUGCCUGAUGGCAUGGAGAUACCGUAAUUGUCAUUGACAUGUCAAAUAGAUUGGUUUAAGUAGCACCUGACAUUUGUAAGAACUUGAUGCUUUAUUUACAUUUAUUUAGGUAUUAAUUGAUGUAGUGUGUGUUAUCUGUAUUAGUUUUGAUAAUGUAUCUCAUAGCUUAUUUGUCCAGUGGUUUCUACCUAAUAAUGAUUUAGAUGCAUUUGUUACAUAUCAAUUUACUCUGCUGCAUUCCACCUUAGAAUUGUUAAUGCUUUCAUACAUUGUUUUUCAUCAGUUGUUUUUCUAGCUCUGUGGUUAGAUCAGUGAGACUGUGAAUUUGCUUUUUGUAGAUAAAACUUAUAUACUUAAUUUGCAUUCACUUGAUAUAGAUUGCUUAAAUGAGUGUCCAUAUUAUCUUUCAUUUCAUUUAUUCUAGUCAGUAUCUUUACUGGAAUUUGUGAGAUUUUUGCUGGCUUUAUUCCAACUAAGGAGUUAGUGCUGAUGGUACAAUAGCAUAAGUAUCAAAGGUACAGUUUGUUUGCACAAUACUCAUUAUAUAGCCUUUUUUAUAUAAAAAAAAAAGGUGGGGAAAAAAGAAGUUGGUUACAUAUUACAUCCCUAUUCAUGCACCCAAGGAUCCUCGUCUCCAGUAGCCAACUGCCUUUUUUUCCCAGCAUUAUCCUUUUGAUUACUGACUGAUUUUUAUAUCUCUUCCCAGAAGCUUUUCCCUAGUACCUCAGCUGGUGUAUUGUCUUUUUCAUUAGCUUUUCACUGUCUGUCAAAGAGCCUAUAUUGACCUUUAGGAUAAUUAGAAAGGAAAUUUUGAAAGGAUAUUUUUGUGUUUUUCAGAACAAAACACUGUUUUUCUUUUAAUAAUUGCUGUAUUUUCCUGUGUGCUAGAUAUUUGAUGGUGAUGAUGAUGGUAAAUUUCCAUCCACCCAACAAGCAUGUAUAUUGGCUGUAACACGAUGGAGACUGUUGGCCACAUAAUGUCUUGCACUGUGGAGUUCAUGACUUGUCUUCCUUUAUUUACCACACCCACACUUUACUGUUUCUCCACAGGUGAGGGUUUCAGCUUUAUCAAACAUAACUCGCUUUGCCUGGAUGCUGUGGGUUUGCUUAUUAUUGUUAAAUCUUUCUGAAUUAGUUAGUUCUAAGUUUCAGUUGCUCAUUUCUUUCCCACCUACAUUAACUGUAGAGACUGUAUUGCAAGUCUAAUAAUGGGUUCAUCUUACAUUGAAUUUUAUUAAAAACUAGAUUUUUUUUCAGUCGUACCAUUGAUCAUAAUCAAGUAGCCUUCUCAGCCCUGCUGUUGUUUGUAGAUGUUUGGGCAGAUUGCACAAGAACUAAAGCAUAUAGCUGCUAGAGAUCUGAUGAUCCUGGGAAACUUUGCGUGGUAGCUGUCUUUCCCACACACUUUUUGUUUAUCCAGAGGAAUGAUUUGUCAGGGAUUUCAUUAAAUAUGGAAAAUGUGCUAUAUUACAGGUACAGUGUGUAUAUGAAAAAUAUAAUUGUUUUUGGAUUAAUAUAGUUACUUUGGGGAUUCUUUCUUGAGUAGCAGUUCCAAUUGCUGGUUACAUGCCUUCUUUAAUUAUUGUACUACUGUAUGCAUUAAGAACAGUUAAGCAAGAAAUAUAAUAACUUUGGAUAGGGCAUUAAAUUUUCGGUUGCUUAUUUGUGGUUAGAAGAGUGGCACCAUGUUUGGAAAUUCUGUGGUUAAUUUUCCCCAGAAGCAGUUAAAAAUAUUUUUACCAUCAAAUAUUAGUUAGAUUAGAAAUUUUUUGUGGCACUGUUAUGUACUUUUUAUCCAUCUCUGUCAUUUGUGUGCCUCAUUGGUUGUCUCUGUAGACUUGAAAGUAUGUAAUAUUAGCAUAUAAGAUCUAAUUUUUUUUCUAAAAGCCAACAAAUUUCUUGGUGCAUGAUAUAAAGCAAACUUCAAACUGAUGAAGUUAUCCUAUGGGAUGGAAUUGACUGAUUUUACUGACAAAUAACAAGUUCCACUUCCAGAUGUGAACAGUGAUUACUUUGUUGCCUUAUUCACCAGAUUAGACCACAGAUAUAUAAGCCAUGAAAAGAAAUAAUUUGAUUUUAUAAUUUAAGAUAUUUUAUUUCCCAUUAAAGGCUAAUGUAGCAGAAACAUUAUAAAUACAAGCAUAAUUAAAUUUUCAGAUAUACAUUUUGUCUCUGGAGAAGCAGGUUUUAUUGGUUUUUAGUAAAAACUAGCUUAUUUUUUAGUUACUAAUAAGUUAUCAAGGAUAACAGUAUACCCCAGGUAUCUUAACAUCAUAAAAAAAAGUUUUAUAACUUUACUAUGCAAUAAGCAUCUAGGUUUAACAGUUGAAGUCCAAAUCAUGAUAAGUUUGUCAUUGUGUUUCUGUAUUGAGUUGCAUUUUGUGAGCUUUCAUCAGCUUUCCUCUGGUGCCUUAGUUCCUUCUUCAGCCUGCCCCCAACAUAAUCUUCAACAGCAUUGAACAUUCAUGGUAUGCAUUAAAAUGCACACAUAUUCUACCACUGUACUGUAUAUUUCAUGGUAUGCAUUAAAAUGCACACAUAUUCUACCACUGUACUAUAUAUUUCAUGGUAUGCAUUAAAAUGCACACAUAUUCUACCACUGUACUGUAUAUUUGACUUUAGUAAUUUUUCAAAAUAUAUUUUGUAUUUAGAAUUACAGUAUCUAUAAUAUAUUGAGAGAAAUAGCAGGUUAACAUACCUUUGAUUUAUUAUAAUUGCUAAGAGCCAAACAUGUAAUGUUGUGGGCUAUGUAUUGAUAACGUAAGGCUACAUUUAAAUCACAAUUUUGAGAAAGGUUAUAUUGUAGCUUUGAAACAUAAUGUCUCAUUUUCAGUGUGGAAGAUAUUUACCACACUGAAGAGGAUAUGUGAUAUCAAACUGUAUGAAAAUGUACUCUUUCUCCUUGAAUGUGCAGUCUUACACAUUCCUAACAGUUCGUCAUUAUGCUUCUGACAGCAA